AUGUGCAUUUGGGGUUAUGAGGGUGACAUCUUAUGUCCAUUCUGCAGAGCAUGUAUUGAGUGUCGUGAUCAUUUGUUUUUCAAGUGUAGCUUCAGUCGCCGGAUUUGGAGGAAUGUGAUGCAAAGUUGCUUGGAACCUUUUCCAGUUGUGGAUUGGGAUGAUGUAGCUAUUUGGUGUAUAAUGCAGUUGAAAGGUAAAAGCCUUAAAACUAGGCUCUGCAAGUUGAGUCUAGGUGCUGUUGUUUAUCAUAUUUGGAUUCAACGUAACAAUUUGAUUCAUGGUAAUGUGGUGUAUUCAGAGGAAGGCCUUAUUGCAAGGAUCAAAUGGGAAAUCAGGUCAAGGCUUAUGGGGAAGGGGCAGUAUCGUAGAUCUAUGGUCAAUAUCCGUCUUCUGCAGAAUUGGAAUCUGCAUAACUUGUUGUUGGAUUGA